AUGUUUCUCUUAUCUUUAUUACUAGGGAAGCUAAAACUGAUGUCUAUCAAGGGCGUACCACGUUUAACCAAUAUUCUAGCUAUCUCAUUGGUGAUUAUUUCGGGCCACAAACCGGGGUCGGAUGGAAUUACAUCGAAGCUAGCCUUAUUAAAGCCUAUAUCUAAAGUGUCACUUGCAGCAGGGAUUUCAGUAGCUGACAUUACCGAACUUCUUACACCAGCUGAAUUACCUGAAGUGGAUAGUUCAAGUGCUGUAGACGAGGAUGGUAUCAUCGCUUCAUCGGGCUCUGCAUUUAGUAGUAGAGAGUAG